AUGAAUAUUGUAGCAUGGAAUUGUAGGGGAUUAAACGAUCCACAUUCCCUUGCAAUCCCCUAUCUUGUGUGGAUCUACCAAAACAAAUUUCCUAUGUUUAUGUUUAUUUCGGAAACAAAAACGGCCUAUAGUAAUGCCGCUUCUAAGUUAGAUUGCUUAAGACCAACCGCAAUUUUUGGGUUUGAUUCGGAAGGUAGUAGUGGUGGUCUCUUAGUUUUAAGUUGGUGCAGUGAAGUUGUUGAAUGUUUGUACUCGUCAAAAAAUAUUAUCCUAUGUAAAAUUUCUGAAAUUAAUGGAAAUUUUAAGUAUGUGAUUUUCUUUUAUGGGGAACCUCUAGUAGAAAAUAGAAGAGUCAUUUGGGAAUUUUUGCAACUACUUCUGGAUGAGUACAAAAAUGUGCUUAUAAUUGGUGACUUUAAUCAAGUUGAGAGUGGGUUUGAUGAAUUGGGUGGAGCAAGCAAUAUUAGGGGACGUGAUGCCUUCUUAGAUUGGAGACUAAGCAGUGAUGUCACGGAGGUUCCGUUCUCGGGGCCGCGUUUUACUUGGAGUAAUAAACGGGAACAACACGAACUCAUUCUAGAAAGACUGGAUAGAGCGUACAUUACCGGAGAAUGGUUUAAUCAUACUCCGGAGGGAAGAAUAAUUCAUGAGCCGAUUAUAUGUUCGGAUCUUGCAGUUAUCACUUAUUACUCCAAUCCGAUCACAAGAAAGUCGAACCGUCCUUACCAAAUUGAAAAUUGGUGCCUACAAAUUCCGGAGGUAAAUACAAUUGUUCAUGAUUCUUGGAAAAUUGAUAUGAAUGGAUCUUGUAUGUUUAGGCUCUCGAAAAAAUUAAGUAUUGUGAGAUAUAAUCUUCAAAAUUGGCGUUUGAUGAAUAAGAAGAGCUGGGGUGUUAAUUGGAGGAACAUUUCGAAAGAGUUAGGUAGUGUGGGGGAUAAUAUUGAUUCGAUCCAGAAAGGGGAACACUACAUCAAUCAAAUAAAUUCAAUUAUUCCAGAAUGCAAGCUUAAUUUUGAGUACUGGAGACAACGAAUGAAAUCCAAUUGGAUUAAAUAUGGAGACUGCCCAACCACUUUGAUGUACAGGAGGGUGAAGAAAAAACAACUACAAAAGGAAAUUCUUACCCUUAAAAAUGAUGAAGAUACAUGGGUGGAAGGGCAUGAUGAAGUGGAGCAAUUGGUCCUCAAUUCGGUUAAGGAAAUUUUUAGCCCAACUCUUGAUAAUAAUCAUGGGGAAGACAUAGACUUACUUCUUCGACAACUGCACAUUCCUUCUAUCAGUAUGGAGGAUCGAGAAUGGCUUGAUAUGCCUUUCUCUCACCAGGAAAUAAAGAAAUCAAUGUUUGAUAUGCACGGGUCUAAAUCUCCGGGCCCGGAUGGUUUCACUGCGGACUUCUUCCACCUGUACUGGAAGGAGGUAGGUCAACUUGUCAUUGAUAGCGUGCAACAAUUUCUCAGGUCUGGCAAUAUGCUAAAGGAAUGGAAUCAAUCACUCCUUGUUCUCAUCCCGAAAGUGAAGGUACUGGAAAGUGCUAACCAUUUCAGACCUAUUAGCCUCUGCAAUACUAUAUAUAAAUGCAUCUCUAAGUGUCUGGUAAAUAGGAUGAAGUUGGUGCUCCCUUGUAUAAUUUCGGAUUAUCAACACGCCUUCAUCCCUGGUAGAUAUAUGGAAGACAAUAUCCUCAUGAGUCAUGAGCUUAUGCAUCUUAUCAACUCAAAAAAGAACUCGAACCUCGCUGCAGUAAAAAUAGAUAUGUCUAAGGCCUAUGACAGGGUAGAUUGGCUCUUCCUCACCAAGAUUCUUAACAAAUAUGGAUUCUCUAAUCACUGGAUAAGGAUGAUAUCAUAG